AUGAGGCUUUUCCUUCUUUACUGUCUCUCAAUUCCUUACCUUGCGCAGGCCGCGAAUCAAGUCUAUACAGGCUUCAACUACGGUGCUUUCUGGGGUCAGGAAGAAAAUGCCAAACCGAAAGCAGACUUCCUCGAUGGUUUCAACCUGGCCAAGAACCUGACUACCGACAUACCCUUCGACAGUGCUCGCCUGUUUACUUGCAGAGCAGCGAAAACCCUCGACGAGCCGACCGAAGCUUUCAAUGCCGCUGUUGCCUCCAAAACCAACCUACUACUGGGGUUCUGGAUAACGCCAGCGCAGAAGGGCGGUUCGCCUGAUGAGAACGUCAAAAAUGAGAUGGCCGCACUCGAGAAAGGAUUUAAGAAGCACGGCCAAGCUCUUUCCGAUCUUAUUAUUGGACUCUCUGUAGGCAACGAGGAUGUAUACCGUGCCGAGGCGACUCAAGAAGUUGGUGUUACCGCAGCGGUCGUUGCGCAGACCAUAGCUCAGGUGAAGAAUAGCAUCGCUUCCUCAUCGUUCGCCCAGUACAUGAAGGACAAACCAAUCGGCCACGUUGAUACCGCGCAAUAUGCAGUGGUGGAUAAUGCGGACUUCAUCGGCAUGACUGCAUACCCGUACUGGAACAAAGACAGUAUCAGAACAGCAAGUACAAGCUUCCAAGGCUCUCUCGAGGGAGUCAAGCAGCGCGCAGGCAACAGACCGGUUUGGAUUGCAGAAAUGGGCUGGCCUUUUACCGAUUCCGAGCAACACGGCGCUGCAGUUGCCGGUAUAGACGAACUACAGAAGUUCUGGAGUGAGGUUGGCUGUACUGUAUUUGGGAAGUACACUACUUUCUGGUUCGAGUUACUCAAAGACACUACAUCGGAUCAGAAGGCCGAUUGGAGUGUCAUUGAUCCAAGCUCUCGACAGUCAAGGAUCAAGAAUAUGAGCUGCGGAAACCCUCAGCCAAAACCACCCGCUGAAGCUCCAAUUAGCUCACAAGCAUCAUCCAAGUCUAUUGCAACAAUACCGCCGGAUACGCUCAGCUCUGGGUCGCCAAGCAUCCCGAGUGCCACGCCUAUAUCACCACCUUCUGUGUCUUCGGCGAUCGCAUCAAACACAGUACACGUAACGGUGACCGGCACGACUUCUGUAACUCCGCAGCCUAUCACACCAUCGGUAGUAGCUCCCGGCGGGCCAUCUCUCGUGACUGUAAUAGUUACCUUGACGAGCAUCACCACAGUGACAGCACAGCCUUCAAUGACUACAAUAGCAAGCGUGAGCCGAUCAACAGCCCAAAAUGAUGCCGUGAGCUUCCUGGCACAAGACCAGCCAGCAACAGGCCGCAGCACCGUCACCGUGAAGACCACAGCAACAACUGUUGUCUUUGCCAAAACCACAGCGAUUGCUGCUCUGAACAACAUAUCCGCCGACGUCAACUGGUGCGUCACAGUUGCGGACAUAAACCGAGAUGGAACACCUAUACCCGUCGCAGGUGGGCCUGCAGGAUCAGGCGGGGAAUGCGUCUCCCCUCCGACUUUCCAAGGAUACCCGUACGCAGCAGCAGGAGAAGAAGCGGGCCCAUCAGCGAUAUCCAGUGGGACAGGCUGGUGCGUUGUCAUGGCUGAUAUUGAUAACAACGGUCGUCCUGUUCCCGUCGAUGCCGGGCCCGUUGGAGCAGACGGCGAGUGUACUGUUCCGCCCAUGUAUAGUGGACUGUCUGCGACAGCUACGUUGAUUGGCGGUUCCAAGAAGUCUGAGCCGGCGAAGGUGUCUCUGGUGCCCACUUCUUUGACAGUGGAGUUCUCCUUGCUCUCAAGCAUCAAUGCACCAGCUACUUUUGGUACUCCAUCACCCAGUAAGUCACUUGACCAGGUUGACAUUUUGACUCCCUCUGACGACAUCUAUAGCUUCAGCAGUUAA